AGUGACAACACACCAACACCAACAUGCUUUGUUCAUGCAUAGCAUUUGCGCGGGCAUGAAACCACACAACAGUAUGGAAGCAGCCGGAAGCAGUGGAGGCUCUUCCUCGGAAAAUAUCCCGUUCUGCGAGCAUUAUAAGCCUUUGCUAAUCGAAGAAAUUGCACUUGUGGAGCAUCCAGUUUAUGUACACUAUGGAAAGUGUUCGGUCAUUGGCAUGUUGUCCUGUACCGACCACCGGCUAGAGUCGCUGUGCGUUCCUGAUCUUCCAACUGAAAUGCAGCUUCCCGAUGGGGCGUGCAGUGUUGAGCUGUGCCUUAACAAUUACUGUGGAAUCAUUCCCAAAGGCAGUCAGGUAGAGGUUACUGGCAUCGUAAAACUGCGCCACAUACCCACUGGCGUUACGACAGAUUCGGGCAUGUUGCGAAUCAGAUUGCAAUGUGAAGAUGAUCGGGAAUUCAAGCGCAGGUAUGACGAGAUGUUAACCGGUUACAGUCCUUUCAUUGAGGUAAAUCACAUACGAACGGUUACGCACGCUAGAGAGCUGAUUUCAUGUAAUCUUAAAGUAAGAAAACUAGACUAUGUAUGUGCAUUAGACUUAUGAAUGUAGUAUUUUUCACAAUCAAAUUAA